GACAUCACAUGAGAACUGAAGCGCAGUGUGCAGAACUGAGUGAGGAGCACGCAGCGCACUGGAGGACUCUACAUGACGAACCAGGUUUGAGGGUCGGACGGGACUCACAGCAGCUGGAUUUGUGUUCGAAUCAUGGGCAUGGACCGGCGGCGGAGAGCCUCGCUCGCGCUCACCUUGAACUUCCUCGCGCUGAUCCUCGCCAUAUGCGCUCUGACCACCAGCUACUGGUGCGAGGGCAACCGGAAAGUUGUCAAGCCCUUCUGUACCGGACCGGCGACCGUAAAACAGACGCACUGCAUUCGGUACAACAGCUCGAACAUCAACGACAGCCGGCUGGUUCAGUAUAUCUGGGAGACCGGCGAGGAUAAGUUUGUUCUGAGGAAGUUCCACACCGGCAUCUGGUUCUCCUGUGAGCAGAAUGUCGACCUUGUCGGUGAGAAAUGCAGAAGCUUCAUUAACGUCGCUCCUCCCCAUGAGAGAGGUGUCUUGUGGCUCUGCAUCGUGGCCGAGUGUCUCUACAUCUUACUGCUGGCCACCGGAGGGAUCCUCAUGUCCAUAGAGGUCUGCCAUUUCGGAAACGUCAUCGAUGGACUCAAACUGAAUGCCUUUGCAGCCAUAUUCACAGUCUUGUCAGGUCUUCUCGGUAUGGUAGCACACAUGAUGUUCACAACAGCGUUCCAGCUGACCGUGAGUCUGGGCCCUGAGGACUGGAAACCACAGAACUGGGACUACAGCUGGUCUUAUAUCUUGGCUUGGAGCUCGUUCACCGCCUGCAUGGCGUCGUCCGUCACCACCAUAAACAGAUACACUAAGACUAUUCUGGAGUUCAAACACAAGCGAAAGAACAUCGAGAAGAACCUGAAGAUCAAGCAGAAGCUGCUGGACCUGGACUCUCCAGACCAGGUGUGGGACAUGUACAUCAGCUCCGUCCCCAGCACAGCCGAGGAGUUUCUGGACCUGUCCACGUCCGGACGCAAGCUCUCCUCCAGCUCCGUCUUCCUGGACCUCAAUGAUCUGCCGGCUCCAGCACAGGGAGAGGAGUACUGCUGAAGACCGGCUCGCAUUCACACCACGGCUUUAAGCUUUGAUUCGAGGCAUUUCAAGGUUUCAUAACUGUGGCAUAAUGUUGCGUUUUUGUUGUGCUGUUGUUUGAAGGUGAUGCUGUGAGUUUUAGUUUAUUAAUGUGCUGACAAUGUGUGCGUAAAACAUAUUCUGGAACCAGAACUGGGAUGAAUGAACCAUUUUCCUCAAUCUUAGAGAAUAUAAUGUGACACAAGCCAAUUUUGUUAAUCUAAACACUGAAAUCGCUUUAGAAACAUGCCCUUACUUUGCAAAAAAUGAUGUUCUUUCUCAAUAUUUCUGUCUUGUUUUCCAGUACAAACAUCUAAACAUUCUUAAAUCAAGAAGAGACAUUUACUGGAGAUGCAAAAUGAUUGAAGAUAUUAAAGGAGAAAUCAACUUUUCCUUGAGCUUUUGAUAUAUAAGAGGUCAUCGUACUAUAAGAAUAUCCUGUAAGUUUCAGAACUGAAAACGUCCUUGUUAGUCCAAUAAAAGCUUUUAUUGACACCAGACCCAGCAAGCGACUGAUCCUGUCAUAGAUAGGUGAAACUCCGCCUCCGCAGAAGAAAUCAACGCCUACUUCAUCAUUGUAACGUUAGCCCCGCCCACUGGUGUGUUAGUGAGAUGAGGAGGAGAGAAGAGCGAUACAGGACUAAAAUAACAUUACCUUUCAAAAGAUCCUAAUGCUAGAAUAUGGUUAUUUAUUUUCAUCAAUGUGAAUGUCUCAGUUGAGCUUUAUUUAAUUGUAUUCGGUACAUUUUACUGUGGAUUCUUUGGUAAAUCAGUCGCAUUUUGGAGCAGGCUUUACAAACAGACUUUUACGAUAUGGACUCGACAGUAAUGCAACAACAUGUAAGAAACUGUGUUCUGAUAUUAAUGAUUCAUAUUAAUGAUUCAUGUACAGUCAGAUGUUCUUUGUCUAUGUGUCAGUAAAUCAAACCAGUGACUAAACGCUCAACUUCACGUUAGUAGGAUGAAAGUAAUCUGUUAUUUAAACGGUGAUUAAAUUAUAUAUAGAAAGCGAUCAAAGAACGCUCCCUUUACAAUCGCUGGAGCUGUCAAUCAAAGAGAGGACUCGCCAAAACUCCUGUUUUAUUAACGAAUCUCUUAGUUACAUCACAUUUGCACUGUUAGUUAUAAUGAAAGCAUUCGUUAGUGUGCAGAAAUUGAGUUGCAAUGACGAGAUCACUGCUUUCAUGUCUGUGAUCGGCUACAAUGUUCAUCACUGCAACCUUUCAUGUCACGAUCUAAAUGUAAUGUCAUAGAUCUAAAUAUAAUGCAACACUUUUCACAAUUAGUGAACCUUGAGAGCUGUAAUAGUAAAAACUUAGCUACUUCAUAUGCAAAGAUGUCAGCCAAUCACAGCAGUGGGCGUUUACACUGAAGUCUCACAGCAGACACGCCCCUUAAAACAGAGCGUUCAAAUAAGAGGCUAAAAUCAGGGUAGCAAAAAUGACUUUUAUUUAAAUCAACAGAUAUUUGUUAUUGUUUUAAGCUCAAACUCACUUCAUUUUGACACAUUUUUCAGAAAACAAGACUUAAUAUCUUCAGUCAUUUUGCUUCUCCAGUAAAUGUAUGUUGAUUUAAGAAUGUUUAGAUAUUUGUACUGGAAAACGAGACAAAAAUACUGAUUGAGAAGUUCAUUUUUUGCAGUGUUUUCUGUGUUUUCUGCCACUGACUCAGUAGAAACGUGUUCUACAUUUUGUGAAACUGUCUGCUGCUGUAUUUUCCCUCUGCGCUGUAUUAAGAAGUCAUUACCGAAUCGAUCCUGAGGUUCUGUAUCUUUUCUCUAUGUCAGUUUUAAUGAGACACAAAUUACAUUGCUGAGUGCCUUUGUUUGUGCUAUUGAUCCCAGUUCUUUAACCGUAGCAUGCAAAAGUCCUGGAACAGUUUGAUCAUCAACAUACUAUAAUAAUCUCAAUACAUAUUAAAUUAUUUUUGUCUAUUUUGUUAACUUAUCAGCUGAAAAAUCAAGAGAAUUAUUUUGCUUUUUUAGUGAAUCAUUUUGCAUUCAGUCAAAUGCAAAGAACUGUAUGAAUGUCACUGUGAAGAGAAAAGGUAGAAUUCCAGCAGCAUGCAAAUGUUUGCGAUAAAAGUACUGACUUUACCGUAGGAAAACAUGAUCCAUGAGGUCACGUUACUUGAAUCCUUCAUCAUCUCUUUAGGUUCUGUAUAUAUAACCUCAUUUAAACCCAUCUGAAUAAAUAAUGUAACAAUUGUCUUUGCACUGCCAAAAUGAACUGUUUACAUUUUAUGUGCAAUAAUGAAUGACAUAUACAUGAUUCAUAUAGUUUUUUACAGUAAUGUAAAGCAGCAUAGAAUGUACUGUAUUGUAGACUAAUGGUGUUAAAUGCAUGUCAGAUUGUUCAUGUUUAAUUUGAUAUUUGGCAAUUGCUGUAUUUGUUUGGUUGGUUAUUUUCACUUCAUUGGUUUCCUUUGUCUUUAUGUUGAUGAAAUGUACAGUAUAUUACAUUAAGUAUUUUACAAAAGCAGCCAGGCAUAGAGUAAUAGCACUGAACAAUGCAUUAUAAUAAAAAGAACCUUUAUAACCUGAAA